AAAAAAAUGGUGAUGGACUUGAGGAAAAAUACGGUUUUUUCAUGAGUUUGGGAUGGUCUCCUUUACGUCCGCUUUACCAAGAUACCCACGAACCGAAAAUUUUAAAAUGUUGUCCGUCUUCUAUUCGCUCUUCCUUUGACGUGCUUUGCUUUGGUGUCCACUGUCCACUCGUGCCCACAGUAUUUUUCUUUUCACAACAACAAAGCUGUGCACGGCCACGCAAAAUCUGGUUGGAUAUACCCAUGAGGCAUGCGUUUGACUAUUCAAAGGUUAUCUGGAGCAUAACUGAGGUACACAAUCCGCUAUGCAGAGGUAUCUGGGCAUACCUAUGGAGCAUGCAUUCGACUACACAAAAUUUACCUAGGCAUACCCACGAAGCAUGCAUUGGACUAUGCACAAGUUAUCAAGGCAUACCCGCAAGGUAUACAAUCGGCUAUACAAAAGUUAGCUAGACAUACCUAUGAAGCAUACAAUUAACUACACA